CCAUUUUCCUUCCGUUUGUAAGUGCUUUCAGUUCAGACUGCUUUUUUGUUUUUGUGUCUUUGUUCCUCUAUUUCCAGAUCCACUUCCUAGUUAACUGGAGAACGACCGGAGAUCAUAAACUGAAUGUGUUUUGCUACAGAACAACUGGGGUAGGCUAUCCUGUAGGCCCUAAACCUGUACAAAAAUAAAUUCCACCACUCGAGGAAAGUCACAUUGUGUCGGUCGUCUUAACAACGUUCAUCGCUAAUCUUGUAUCUGAUCACGCCAAGAAUGCUUAGAAAAACUGUAUUCUGGGUCUUCACAUCUUUCUCCGCUGUCUGUGUUUAUUGGCAGAUAAUCCUUGCAUUUCGGAAAUAUGAAGUGGGGCGGGUGGCCUUAAUUAAAUCUGUUGCAGGACGGGCUGAAUAUGUCGGUGCGAAGACAAGCUCGUCCGGUCAUGAGGCCGUGCAUAACGUUUCACUUCCUAGUGCUAGCGCGUCCCACAAAUCACCAUCCUGGGAAUUAGCGAUGAACGGUACCUCCACCUCAUAUGCACACUCGCUGUCGUGCACGCAGGAAGACAUAGAAAGAUGGUCGGGCACGAUCGUGUUAGUGACGACAAACGCUGGCUUCCUCGACGUGACCGAGAACAUGCUAGAGAGUGUCAAGAGAGCCCGGGCCUGCCCGAGCAUCACAAUCAUUGCCGAAGAUGAGCUGUCGUACCAAAUCCUAACCAAGAGGAUGAAAUCCCAGCGGGGCUUGCACGUCCAGAGAUCUGAUUUAGGAGCUACCGAAUCCAAAAGCCUCAUGUUCGACUCACCACAAUACACUCAGUUUGUCAGAAGGCGUCCGCAUUAUGUCCUCUCCCUGCUCGAAAAAGGACGCGAUGUACUUUUCGUGGACUCGGAUACCUUCUGGUUCAAAGAUCCCUUUGAAGACCUCCAAGGGAAUUUCGACAUCGCUAUGCAUAACGAGAAAGACAACGUAGCUGCGUUUUGUGACGGUUUUGCUUAUUAUAGACGAACAAACAAUACUUUGCGUUUUGUGAGAGAGUGGGUGCGAUUGCUAAAUUCUCAUACAUGGUUGCCAGAUCAAAGAAUCAUGAACCAGAUGAUCUCAGAGAAGCGAGUUCCUGGUCUUAAAAUAAAAACACUCAAUGAAACCAACUACCCCGAUGGAAGAAAAUAUUUUCAUUGGGUGGGUUGGAGAGAAAAACACAAUGACACAACUGUUUUGCACUUGACUUUUGUUAAAGGACAUGACGCGAAGGUAAAAAAGUUAAAGGAAUUUGGUUGGUGGCUGAUAUGAGCUUUACUGUAGAAAACGUGACAAAAUUGCCCCUUGGUCAUGUUCUAGAAACGUACCCCGUGAUAAUGUGACAGUCCGAAAGGAUUUUGAAGCUUCUAGUGACCGAAGGUAUCUGAUAUAUUAUUGAUUUUUCUUUCAACCGUCACGACCAACAGACUGAAGUUGGGAAAAUUCAAAAUGACCAUCUGCAGUUCUCUAAUUUACCGCCCCAUUGGUCCAAAGUUUUAUUCGAUUAUUUCCUGAUUUAGACAGUAAAACCAAACUUGUAUCAACCGAAGCUUAUCUUUGUUUGAAUUCUUCCCAACUUUGUCCCAAGACAUAGUUUCUAUGGCCAAAUCGGUAGUUAGUCAUUUUCCAAGCACCGAAGCAGAUUGUCUCCUCGCUUUUCAUGUUAGAAAGUAUUAUGGGUAUUUACACUGAGAUGACGUCGCUCAUUUUCUAAAUUAUCUUUUUCUUUACGUUUAUGGGACUCUUCAUACUUUAGUGAAAAAAAAAUGAUUAUUUCUUUAACAAAUUGGGGUGUAGGAUUCAAUGAUAAGGUGGUCAUCGGGAGUUGUAAAUAGAUUGCAUAGAAUGAUGAUUUUUAGAGGUGUACAAAAAUUGUAAGUACAACUUUGUUAGACUUGCGAGCGUAGACUGAUGUAAUACAUAAGAUUCUGCGUUUAGCAUCCAGUCCAGUGGUUUAAAAGGGUACAUUUUGGGGAGAUCGGGGUUAGUUUUUGGCGUCACCUUAGGUUGGUGUAACUUGCACUGCAGAAUGAUUCGAUUAGUUAAUUUUUAGGAGCUGGGCGGUAAAGGUCUGGAACAUGGUCAGGAUUAGUAUGGUGCAUUGAGCAAACAUACGUUAAAACAAGGGAACA